GUGAAUACCACGGGCGGAAAAAAUACAACAACGAGCAUCAGCGUACGUACAACCACGAACAAGGAGAUGGGUAUCAGCAUGAUCAGCGCCAUCGGCGAGACGACGGCGAGAUUUACACGAGUACUACGAAAGCGUCAAGGUCAACAAACUAUCAUCAAAAGAAUUACGGCAACGAUAGCCACCAGGACUACCGUGUCGAUCAACGAGAGAAUUACGAAGAUUACAACUACCAUGCUGGUCGCCGCCAACCCUCAAGGAGCAAGAAGUACAGCGAGAAGAGCCUUGGUCGUCAGGCACAGCGUGGUGACACUUCGACAGUUUACUCGUCUGUCAGUUUUUUUAUGGCUAGGAACUAAUUACAACUUGUCAAGAAGCUACUCCUCGAGAGGUGCUAUCGUAGUCAUCAUUAUGAGUAUCCAGAACACGUCAAGUUAAAGUAGUAUCAACGAUCGUCCUGUUCCUUCUUUGCAGCUCUAAAUUUUCUCGCAUAGGGGAUGACCAGCAGUGGAGAUCGCCUGCUAACUACAGCAGUAAAAGUUCUUUCGAGCAGGCCACCUAUGGUGCUCGCCACUCUUCUGCGUCGUCAACAACAAAGAGCAAGAAUAUACACCAUCAACAUCUUCUCAAUGAAGAAUAUUCUGAACACCAAGAACAAAAACGUCAUCCGGGAGUACAAGACCAGUAUUCAUCUCGACGAAAUGAGUGUGAACGAGACGGAGACGACGGUAGCAAAACUAAUUCAAGUCGGGGGCAGAAACGAGGAACAGCAACAGGUGGAAGACACGAGCUUUCAGAAACUGAAACUUUAA